AGCCGGCCGAGGUGGGGGGGAGGGGGAGACCUUGAACGCCCCAGAAGAGAACUGACGCCCGAGCUGUGGGGUGGAGCCUCGUCAGCCUCGAAUGCCCCGUCUGCCCCUGGGUCCGGGUGUCCCCCGCCCCCCUCGGGCCCUGGGCCGUCGUAGAGGCUGUGACCCCCGCAGCGGGUCGGUCAAGUCGCCCCUCCCUCCCUCCGGCGUUGUGGCCGAGCCUGUAGUCACGUGCUCCCCUUAGACUGUAAGCUCGGUGAGGACAGGGCCGGGCCCUUCUGCUUCUGUCCGCCUCCGCACACAGCAGGAGGCAGCAGAGAGAAGCCCCCGGAGCCGCCAUGCAGCGAUCCAUCAAAUCGUUUUUCCAGCCCAUGAGUGGGGACAAAGUGAAGAAGCAGGAGGAGCCCCCCAAAAGCAGCAGGGAACGAGAGCCAGCCCCCAAGGCUGCCCUGAAGGAGAGGAAUGGCGGGGAGUCGGAGAGCGAGUCCCCCGUGAAGCGGCUGGCGAGGAGGGCGCCCCGAGUCCUGGGCAGCGAAGGCGAGGAGGAUGACGAGGAGCCCGAGGAGGCGGCCCCCCGAGAAGAGGUAGCUGCCCCUCCCCCCAGCUUUCCAGGCCCCCAGGAGCUGCCCACACCCACUCUGCCCCUCCCCCCGCAGGAGCCCAGCGGACCCUCUGCAGCCAGCGCCAGCCGCUCCCCCUCAGACACGUCCCCCAGCAGCGUCUCCCCAGCGGGGAUCCCCAAGCGCCGCACAGCUCGGAAACAGGUGCCCAAGCGGAAGCUGCAGGAGCUGCCCGAGGACCCGGAGAGCAGUGAGCCCAAGAGGCAUAAGGGGGAGGGGGGGAAGAGUGGGGGAAGGAGCCCGGAGCAGCCCCCACCGGUCCCCGAGGCUGAGGGCGGGGAGCAGCCUCCCAGGGAGGCCUUGGGGGAGGCCGCUGAGGAGGCCAGGGAAGGAGAGGCGCCCGCCCGGGUACCCAAGGCAUCCGCCGGGGCGCGCACCAAGGCGCCCAAGGCUUCCGGCAAGGCGCACGCGAAGGCGCCCAAGGCUCCCACCAAGGCACCCGUGCAAGCACCGGAGGCCCCCCCCGAGACCCCCCCCAAGGCGCCCAGCGCGGCCCCCAAGGCCUUCAGCAGCUUUUUUGCCCCCCGAAAACCAGCAGCAGCAAAACAGGCCCCGCAGGAGGCUGAGGCGGGGAGGGCCGCAGAGGAGGCGUCCGGCGCGGCCCCAGACCCGGCCGCCUACAACCCGUCUAAGAGCGGCUAUCACCCCGUCGACGACGCCUGCUGGAAGCCAGGGCAGAGGGUCCCCUACCUCGCUGUGGCGCGAACCUUUGAGAAAAUCGAGGAAGUCUCUGCUCGGCUCCGGAUGGUGGAGAUGCUGAGCAACCUCCUGCGCUCCGUGGUCGCCCUGUCCCCCGCAGACCUUCUCCCCGUCCUCUACCUGAGUCUGAACCAGCUGGGCCCCCCCCAGCAGGGCCUGGAGCUCGGCGUCGGGGACGGCGUCCUCCUCAAGGCCGUGGCUCAAGCCACAGGGCGGCAGCUGGACACCAUCCGGGCCGAGAUGGCAGAACGGGGGGACGUGGGGCUGGUGGUGGAGGCCAGCCGCAGCACCCAGCGCACCAUGCUGCCCCUGCCCCACCUGACGGCCGCCGGCGUGCUAGGCAAGCUCCGGGACAUCGCCCACCUCACAGGCAGCGCCUCCACAUCAAAGAAGAUCGACAUCAUCAAAGGCUUGUUCGUGGCCUGCCGGCACUCGGAGGCCCGCUUCAUCGCCAGGGCCCUGAGCGGGCGGCUGCGCCUGGGACUCGCCGAGCAGUCGGUGCUGGCCGCGCUGGCCCAGGCCGUGAGCCUCACGCCCCCCGGCCAAGAGUUCCCCCCCGCCGUGGUGGAUGCUGGGAAGGGCAAGUCGGCCGAAGCCAGAAAGUCCUGGCUGGAGGAGAAAGGACUGAUCCUGAAGCAGACCUUCUGCGAGGUGCCCGACUUGGACCUGAUCGUCCCUGCCCUGCUCAAGCACGGCCUGGACCAGCUGCCCCAGCACUGCCAGCUGACCCCAGGGGUGCCCCUGAAGCCCAUGCUGGCCCACCCCACCCGGGGCAUCGGGGAGGUGCUGAAGCGCUUCGAGGAGUCGGCCUUCACGUGCGAAUACAAGUACGACGGGCAGAGAGCCCAGAUCCACGUCCUGGACAACGGGGACGUGAAGAUAUUCAGCCGCAACCAGGAGGACAACACGGGCCGAUACCCGGACGUCAUCAGGCGCGUCCCCAAGAUGAAGCGUCCCUCCGUCCUCUCCUGCAUCCUGGACUCGGAGGCCGUGGCCUGGGACCGGGCCAAGAAGCAGAUUCAGCCCUUCCAGGUGCUCAGCACCCGAAAGCGCAAGGAAGUGGAGGAGUCAGACAUCCAGGUCCAAGUAUGUCUGUACGCCUUCGACCUCAUCUACCUCAACGGGCAGUCCCUGGUGCGGGAGCCGCUGUCCCGGAGGCGGCAGCUGCUCCGAGAGAACUUCAUCGAGACGGAGGGCGAGUUCGUUUUCGCCACGUCUCUGGACACGGAGGACACGGAGCAGAUCGCCGACUUCCUGGAGCAGUCAGUGAAAGAUUCCUGCGAGGGCCUCAUGGUCAAGACCCUUGAAACCAACGCCACCUAUGAGAUUGCCAAGAGGUCCCACAACUGGCUCAAGCUGAAGAAGGACUAUCUGGAAGGCGUCGGUGACACCCUGGACCUGGUGGUGAUCGGGGCCUAUCUGGGCCGGGGAAAGCGGGCCGGGCGCUACGGGGGCUUCUUGCUGGCGGCCUUCGAUGAGGACAGUGAAGAAUUCCAGGCCAUCUGCAAGCUGGGCACGGGCUUCAGCGACGAAGAAUUGGAGGAACAUUAUCAGAGCCUCCAGGCCCUCGUGAUUCCUGCUCCUCGUUCCUACGUCCGGGCUGAAGGGGCCGUACCCCCCGACCACUGGCUGGAGCCGACCACUGUGUGGGAGGUCAAAUGUGCUGAUCUCUCGCUCUCCCCGAUCUAUUCAGCAGCCCGAGGAUUGGUGGAGAGUGACAAGGGCAUCUCCCUGCGCUUCCCCCGAUUUGUCCAAGUUCGAAAAGACAAGAAACCAGAAGAGGCGACUUCCAGUGCCCAGGUGGCCGGCCUGUAUAAGAAGCAGCAACAGAUUCAGAACCAGCAGGACUUGGAGGCCUCCGACUUUGAUCCUGAAGGUUUCUAUUAGCUCCCCCAGCCUGCCUUGGGGAGCAGAGCACGGGUGCUACCUAUGACCAAUAAAACUUUGGGACUCCAGA